AUGGCCACACCACCAGAAUCACUCCCGUCACCAUCCCUCUCCUCGUCUUCCCAUUCGCAUCUGGGUUCGCUUUAUCAAUCCACCCGCGCUUCUUCUUCCGCAUCUGGCUCCCAGCCUGCCGCUCAAAGGCACCCCAACUACACCAACGGCGACGGGCAGUACAAUUCCAUGUCCUUCCUUCCGUCCACCGUCUCGCCGCCACCGAACCCUCCCCCGUAUAUCCCUCCGCCACAGCACGCCAUGCCCCCAGACCCUAUACACCUCGCCACUGGCGCGGGAUACACCCAGCCCCAGCCAUGGCCUAAUUGCCCCCCAGGCCCAGCCGGGUGGAGAGCAGCGGCGCCGCCGGCGGGGUAUGGAGGGUAUCGGAGUUCAGUCCCGAAUGGGCGGCAUUUGCCUACCAACCCCGAGUUUCCCGGACAGAGAGGAUUCGCAACGAGGCCUGGCAGCGCGCAUGGUGAGAGUAGGGAACGGAGAAGAGACCGACGGGAUCGGGAUAGGGACGAUGAGCGAGAGAUUGAAGAGGAAGUGAUUAGCACGAUCUUUGUUGUUGGCUUUCCGGAUGACAUGUCGGAACGUGAAUUCCAAAACAUCUUUGCAUUCGCCCCCGGCUUUGAAGCAGCUACCCUCAAAUUCCCCUCUGGCUCCGCCCGACGUGAACCUGCCGCCGCCGCUCUUCUCGCCGAGCUCACGCAGCUCGCGGCGCAUCAGAACGCUCAAGCAGCUGCUGGCAGUGGCGAGUACAACGAGUACCUUGCGGCACAGCUGGAAGAAGAGAUUUCGUCUCUGACUUUGGCGACUGCUUCGACAUCACAAUCGACGACUCCUUCCGCGCCCAUGUCCCUCACCCCCUCCGUCCCUUCAAACCCUACCCUCGGUCCCAACCCCCAUCCCACGCGACGCCAGACCAUCGGCUUUGCCCGGUUCAAAUCCCGCCUCGACGCUCUUGCUGCCAAAGACCACCUCCAAGGCAAGAAGAUUGAUGCGCUCACGGGGGCAGUGUUGAAGGCGGAGAUGGCAAAGAAGAAUCUGCAUACGAAAAAGACGACGAGUGGGGAAGAGCUUGUGGGGAUGUUGUUGAGAGGCAAGCUUGGAGGGUUGCUCGGAUCUGGGGCGGGACAAGGGCAGCCGCCGGGUAUCGCUGUGCCGACGGCGAGGGAAGCUUGGGAUUCGUGGUCGUCUCUUUCCGAUAAAGAACCCCGUAACCGGCCCGAUGACAUCCCUCCCCCAUCGCACGCACCGCAACCUUCCUUCUCAUCCCAAACGACAUUCGUACCGUCUUCCCUGCCUUCUGCGAACCCGACGUCGCCGACGCUGGAUGCAAAGUCGCCGACGCAGGGGCAGUACCCGGGGCAUGGGGGCGAUUCGAAGGCGUUGUUGGCGUUGGCGGAAAAGGCGGAUGAGUUGGAGGGGUGGAAUAUCCAUGGUGCUGCUGGCUUGUCUCUUGACCCUUAUUCGUCCAUCUCCCCUCCUCAACCCGCGCAGGCACAGGGGCAGCAGAGUCAGAGUCAGACGCAAGGAAGGUCACUGGGAAGUACGGGGAGUCAGGGGCCGCAAGGAUAUGGGUUGGGCGUUAUGGGCCCGGGCUUUGGGGGUGGGAGAGAGUAUGAGGAAGGUGUUGGGAGGGAUGGGCUUGGUGGGCAGGGGUUGAGUGGGCGGGGGGUGAAUGGGGCGAACCCGGCGGAUCAGAAUCCUCCGAUCAAUACGCUCUAUGUUGGCAACCUUCCUGCCGUCUCGCCUCCCACCCACCCACCUGGAUUCCUCGAAGAGUCGCUUCGCGCGCUGUUUAGCAGAUGUGCAGGGUUCAAGAGGAUGUCGUAUAGGCAGAAGAUCAAUGGGCCGAUGUGUUUUGUCGAGUUUGAGGAAGUGGGGUAUGCGUCGCAGGCUAUCAAAGAUCUCUAUGGACACAACCUUGGCGGACUUGUCAAGGGCGGCAUCCGACUUUCAUACUCGAAAAACUCGCUCGGCCAACGCGGCAACAACCACCCCCCUCAACUGAACACCUCUCUCUACUCUGGUAUCCCACACAACGUCCCCAUCCCCGGUCUCGGCAUGACCUCCCCUUCCUCAGCUUCUAUCGCCCUCCCGAACGGCUCUGCGUCGGCGGGACCGAUGCCGUAUGGGCUGCAGCAUCAGCAGGCGAGUUUGAGUUUGAGAGACAGGGAGAGGGAGAGGGGAGGGGAGCCUAGUACGGCGCCGUUGGCGGAUUUGAGGAGGGAGUCGGCGCCUGCUUCGCAUGGGCAUUCGAACGCUCAUUUCUCGCCGCUGUCUGGGACGUCGCUUUCCCCCACUGCGCAGCCGUUCAACAUUGCCCUCCCCCCCACAUCCCCUCGUAAUCAUUAUAUCACCUCGCCCAUCCCGCACCGUAUCUCGCCCACCGAAUCGGCUUCGUCGUCGUACAACUCCAACCCCACUCCUUCUGGCUCAAAUUCGAAUUCCAACUCGGCAUCGCACUCUGCUAGUGGGGUACCGAUUCCAUCGACGAGGUCGUCGGGCUCUGCGUUCCAGCCGUUUGGGGGGGCGGGGAGUAGUGGGAGUACGAGUGGGUUUUCGCCAGUUUCGUCGCCGAUCCGUACGCCGGGGAGUUUCCAAUGGCUCUCUACGUCUGCCAACGCUACGUCCUCCAAUGUCAGUUCCGGCCUUGGCUCCGGCCUGGGCUCGGGGCUAGGAGCAGUAGGCAGUCUGGGUGUUGGGAGCCUCGGGAACCUCGGGGUGGGCAGUUUAGGAGGGGGCGGGCUGGGGAGUGGGAGUUUGGGAGGUGGGGGGUAUGGGGGGUUUGAUUUUGGGGGGAAUGCGCCGGUGGGGAGUUUGAAUGGGGCUGCUAGUGCUUGGGGGGCGUCUGAGAGGCGCGACUAG